UCUCCCGCUGUUUCCUCUGAAUUUAAUUCCUCCCGUCCGAAAGGUUUUAAGCUGACUAAAAGACAACUACUCCCUCUUUUUUCUCUCUCUAUCGAUUCGAUUUUCUAAUUCUUCCGAAAGUCCAUUUUCCCAAUUGAACCGUCAAAGUUCUUCGGGCUCGGGCUUCGAAUUGCUUCCUCCCUAAGCUUUUUUUUUUUCAAUCUUCCUCUGUUCAAAUCAGAUCUGAGGUUCUGCGACUCUAGCUUGCGUCUUCAACCACUUCCGCCAUGGCUGGUCGGUACGAAAGAAACCCUUUCGAUGAAGAAGAGGAAGUCAACCCAUUCGCAAAUCAUGGGAGUGUUGCCCCUGCCACAAAUUCCAGGCUUUCACCUCUUCCUCCAGAACCCAUUGAUUUUAAUUAUGGUCGUGGCGCAACAGUUGACAUACCGCUUGAUUCAAAUUCUGAUGGAACGAAAUCUAAGGAUUUGAAGAAGAAAGAGAAGGAGCUCCAAGUUAAAGAGGCUGAAUUGAGAAGGCGGGAACAGGAAGUAAAACGGAGAGAAGAUGCUGCAAAUCGAGCUGGAAUUGUUCUGGAGGAGAAAAAUUGGCCACCUUUUUUCCCGAUUAUUCAUCAUGAUAUUGCAAAUGAUAUUCCAAUUCAUCUGCAAAGAUUGCAGUAUGUUGCAUUUACCACGUUGUUGGGACUGACUCUUUGCCUCCUCUGGAACAUAGUAGCUGUUUCUACGGCAUGGAUCAAGGGAGAAGGGGUAAAAAUCUGGUUCCUUGCUAUCAUCUAUUUCAUUUCUGGGGUUCCAGGAGGGUAUUUCUUGUGGUAUCGCCCACUUUAUAAUGCAUCUAGGAGUGAAAGUGCUAUGAAGUUUGGCUGGUUUUUUAUGUUCUAUUUGCUUCAUAUUGGUUUCUGUAUCUUUGCUGCCGUAGCACCUCCAAUAGUCUUCAAGGGAAAAUCUCUGACUGGCAUUUUACCUGCAAUAGAUCUUAUUGGUGCACAAGUCUUGGUUGGGAUAUUCUAUUUCAUUGGUUUUGGAUUAUUCUGCCUUGAAUCAGUUCUCAGCAUCUGGGUUAUUCAGCAAGUAUACAUGUAUUUCCGAGGCAGCGGUAAAGCAGCUCAGAUGAAGCGGGAAGCUGCCAGAGGCGCUGUGAGGGCAGCCCUGUGAUGCCAUGGUAGCAUAGAACCAAAACGACGAAGUUCUUUCGAGAAUAUAGGUUGUAUAUGUGCUUGGCCACUGGCUGUGGUUAAGCUUACUGUUUGCCUUAGGUUGAUGGCUGUUCGGUUAUAUUGCUUCAUUUUUACCAGCCAAUUCCAGCGUAUGUUUUUCUACCCCCUGAUGUAAUUUGAUGCUAGUGGUAGUUGUCACUUUCAUAGACCGUACUGUUAGAAUGUUGAGAUUGAAUGGUUUCUGAGUUCAAUUUUUACAAGUCGAUUGAGAAAAUUUGCUGUCUUCAUUUGUUCAAA